AUGGCCGAAGAACCGAUAGGCCGACGGGUCGGCCCUCAAACAACUCUGGGCGUGGCCUUGAACCACGCCCUUGCGUUCGUUGGAGCGUACUUGUGCGACAGAGUUUUUUUAAGUCCACUUUUUUUAAAAUUUCUUUUUUUAUUUUUCUUCUAGAACUAUUAUAGUCGUUCCGAUCGAAUUUAUAAUAUUUUUUGUGAUAUAUAAUAUUUCUAUGGGAUACUGGAAGCUUAUAGAUAGAAAAGGCCUAAAAUUCCCUAUUAAUUCAUUGAUUUUGAAUUUUUCUUAUAUAAUAAGAUUUCAUAAGAAGAUUAACAUACGCAAGAAAAAACUUCAAAGGAAAUAAGAAUAAUCAAAAUCACAAUCACUUUAUAUAAAGUUUGUUGCAUACGGCCUUUGGUGUCAUUUGAUCUCCUGCUCCACGAAGUAUUUGAUCAAUUAACAAUUAAAUUUGGCGGGACAGACUAGAGUAAAUUUUCAUCUCUUAUUAAUAUUUUUUUAUGCUGUGUUCAAAGUAAAUUUUCGUUCAUGGCGUGUUCAUUGGAGAAACGGAACAUGCUUCAAAACGAAAAAUCGUGCUCACCGGCGCACCAAAGUUGUUCCAAAACAGUAUACUAAUUUUUUUGGAGCAAUUUUCUGCGUUUUGAAGCAAUUUUCGUUUUUUCCGAUGAACAAGCCAUCAAAGUAACCGCGAAACGCAAAGUGGUCUCUGACUCUCCAAAACUUAGUUAUUUAUAUUUUCUCUCUGACGGCUAUUUUGCAUCUCGCAUAAUUACUUUGAACACGACAUUAUUUUUUUUCGUAUAUUCUAUUUACCGCUGCCUAGGGAGGACCAAAUACUGAUGUAUCAGUAAAUUAUUAACGACUUCGCGCAAGAUUACGAUUUUGUUUUUUUGUGGUUAUCCCAAAGCCAUCGAUAUUGUGCCCUCAGCCUUUCCAAGUUCAUUUCAAAGAAACUGCGAAAUUGAAUAUUAUUCAUGUUUUCUCUCGAAGGAAGCUUAUUUUUUCAGAAUAUGUCAAGAUCAGCUGUAGCUCCGAUACAAAACGAAAAUGAGUGAGUUGAAAAAGUUUUUAGCCCGACGUAACAACGUUUCAGAGGUAUCGGUGACAAGAUUCAGAGCAAGAUGGAUGCUUUCCGAGAGUUCGUAGCUACAUCGUGUUGUUCUUGCGCGGGAAAUGUGAUUUCUUUCUUUUAAAAAAUCUAAAAUCAGGCAUUUUAGUUGCCUUCAGCAGCUGUUGUUGCAAUUGCGGCAUUGUUACUGAUACUUCUUCUAGCACUGAUACCCACUAUUUUCCUCAUUGCCGAUUUCGCUUCCACCGCAGAAAAGUUCUCUUCCUCCAACUUAGAUCUCACAAAAAUGGUAAAUCAAAAGUUUAUUUUUGGACGCCGUUCUUGGUUUUCUCAGGCUAUGAGACCAAGCAAGUCAUGGCCGAAGGUCGACAAAGUUCCUCUACCAAAAGACGGAUUUGAAGAUAUUCAUACAAUCUCGAUGGAUUCGCUGUUUCCGCCAAACGUCUCUUCAUGCGUAGGAUUCGGAUUCUCUUGCACUAGUUCAGUGGUAAUUUUUGAUUUUUACUCGAAAUUUUUCUAUUAUUUCUCUCAAGCAUAUUGUUAUUCCCACUUCGAAGCGUUGUGAUGGUGUUCCGGACUGCCCCGAUGGCUCCGAUGAAGAAAAUUGUCGAAGUUCGUCUCGCAAGAUUUUCAUAUACUAAGAUCCUGUUUGAGCGUGCCAGACGCUUUUUUCGUGCUCAACGCGCCUUCUGGAAUCCGGAGACAACAAAGAGAAAGACGCUCAUCACGGCAAUGUCGUUUGUCUUGCCGCCAACAAACUUUGUGACGGCGUUGAACAUUGUAUCGAUGGAAGCGACGAGAACAAAAACGGACUUUGCAGUACGGUUUUUGGAUUUUUUUCGGACUCGAGAAUUCAUUCAAAACUUUUUUAAAAUGCAUGCGUUAGGAAUAAUACUCAUAAUCAAGCAAAAAUAUAGAGGAGACUUGCGAGAAGGACGAACAUCAGUGCGUCGGCCGAAAACUGUGUCUGCCAAAUUCAGCGGUUUGCAACGGAAUCCUCGACUGCGACGACGGCAGCGACGAGGCGAACUGCAAGUCCUGCCAUUCCGGCUCUUUGGUUUGUUCGAUCAACAACAAAACGAAAUAUUGUUCUCAGAAAUGUGGGGAUGAGUGCGUUCCGGCUAGUCAAAUUUGCGACGGUGUCGCUCAAUGUGUCGACGGGAGCGACGAGAAGGUUCUUUUUUCCACUUAUGAGUUUCAUAUUUUCUCCCCUUUUGAGAAUUGCGAUUGCAAAACGUGUUCGGGAUCGAAGACUGUGCUCUGUGACGACAAAACGUGCAUCGAUCGCUCUGCGGUUUGCGACGGCCACGACGACUGCGCCCAAGGCAUGGAUGAAAGAGAUUGCCCUGGGUCUUGCACGACUUCCAACAUGCGGAAGGACUCUGAUUCGACGGUAGUCUAUUACUUAUAGGCAAUGUUUCCCGACUUGAAAGACGAGGGAGGCGGGGCAAGGGGAGGGACGCGUAGCGUGUGCGUUCGCGGUUCUUGGCACGUCUUCAAUUCAACCGCCAUCUACUCUUUGAAAAGCCCGUUUUUCGCUUUUUUCAUUCCUUUUUCAAUUGUUUAUUGAUUAUGUUCAUGUGUGAAUCAAGAAAUAGUAGAAAAAAUGAAAAAGAGCGGUUGCCGAGCUUUUUUUAAAUAGUCGGCGACAAUUGAAUUGAACUCGUGCCAAGAACCGCGAACGCGCACGCUACGCGUCCCGCCCCUUGCCCCGCCUGCUGCGCUUUUCAAGUCUGGAAACUUUUUUGAGGAUAUGAGCUCAGUAGUAAUUAUUACUGCUUAUCAUUAUUUUCAUCAUUAUUAGCAAAUCGUGGAGCUUAAUUUUCGCAAAAAAUCUUUUUUUUUCCUAGAUGGUGACUUGCGCGGAUGGCCGGCAGUAUUUGGAGUCUGAAGCAUGUUCUGGAGAAUUCGAUACUUGUAAAAGGAAUUGCCCUAACUGUGAUUCGAAGAACACUUUCAAGUGCCCCCAGGAGGACCUCUGCCUGUCUAAAAUUAAGGUUUUUUACUAUUCGAUCAGCACUUCUCACCUUUCCUUCUAAGGUUUGCGAUGGUUUUGAUGACUGUCGGAAUGGGGAGGACGAGGUCGGCUGCAGCUGCAACGAAAUCGAUGCCAAGGUACUUUUUUCUCUCUAUUAGUAAUUUUCCACAGCUCUACAAAAAGUUAAACAACCAAUUUUUCACGAAAGCUCUGCCGUUCCUGAUUUUAUUCAGAGCUUUCCCUGUAAAUCCAGUUGAAACUUUGAUGGGGUGGUGAGAAAAACUGUUCGAAAUACUUGAGUUGACCAGAACCAGAAUCAAAAAAGAAUUAUCUGUGAUUUGGUUUUUUUCUGACGUUUCCAUGACCUAGGAUGAGGCCCCGUUCAAGUGCGCGACACAAGAUAAAUGUAUCCAAGCGACGCAAGUCUGCGACGGCGUCCGCGACUGCUUCGAUUGGUCCGACGAGCAAAACUGCGAGCAGGUUCCUUCCAUUUGCUUCAGUGUUCAUUGAGCGAAGAUUCAGUGUCCCGCGGACUCGAUUCGAUGCCCAGCUACCCGUAAAUGUCUACCGCGUCUGUUGCGCUGCAACGGAGUGGUCGACUGUGAGGACGGCAGCGACGAGGAAGACUGCUCUUGCGACGAAUGCACGGUCGAACACUCGAACACCUACAUGUGCGACUCCGGUACGCGUUGUCUCCGUCGAGAAGACGUCUGCGCUCCCUUCUCUCUCUGUCCCAACGCCACGCGUGUUGAUAAGGUAGCAAAUCUUUCCAUGUCUCGUUCGAACACUGUUUUUAGGCUUACUGCGCUGUUCUUUCUCUUUCGAAGAACAACAAACUUCCAUGGUGA